AUUUCUUUAAAAUCCUUUUGUCGGACGGUUUAAAUUAGCGAUAAAAUUUUUGCAACACAUAAAUCCACAAAUAAUAGACUUAAGUGUUACUAUAAAUUCGUUUUACGUUUAUAGAACGAUAUAUAUUUUUGGAGAGUGAAACGUCAGAGGCAACCCGUCGUCGAGGCGCCAGACUCAAACAAGGAAGACAAAAUACGGCGAGAAAAAAAAAGCUUCCACGAUGAAGACAUCCAAAGCGCUCCAGUCGAAUCCUGCCCCCGAAGAAUGCGGUGUGUGGUUGGACACUGUGGAGCUCAAAGGAAAAGCUAAGCAGAAAAAAACAGCCCGGCCCAUCUCCAAGAUGCUUAACCCGCUGGCAAAAGGUGCUGGUUACAGCUUGGCCGUUGUGUUCAACUUCACGCAGACCAAGACGGAGAUGCCGAGGACCAAACAGAGUUCCAUAUCCAGCUUCUUCUCGCCUCGUAGUAAAGACAAAAGCGAAACGGAUAUGCGUAUCCACGGUGACGUUCAGGGGCAGAAUGACGAGCGGGCCAUCCACUGCAAAAUCCGAGAAGAGCAAACAGACGAGGUGCAACAAAACGUCCACAGAGAAGAGCAUCCAGAUGAGUUGGAAUGGAAAACCCACCAAGUCCGAGAAGAACAACCAGGCACGUCGGAACAGAAAAGCCACUAUAAAGUCAGAGAAGAACAAGCAGACAACAUCCAUUGCUUAGUCCGAGAAGAGCAAGCAGACGAUAUGGAACAGAACAUCUACCGCAAAGUCAGAGAAGAGCAAGCAGACGAGACGGAACUAAACAUCCACCGCAAUUUCCGAGAACAUCAACCAGACAAGAUGGAAUGGAACAUGCGCCGCACAGCCCAAGAAGCGCAACCAGAUGAGAUUGACCGGAACCCCACCAUCUUAGUCCGAGCACAGCAACCAUACAAGAUGAACCGUGGACAAGGAUCCAUUGUUAAAAUGAAGCAAACAGUCAAGGAUUGUCAUGAGUUUGAUCUAAGCCAAGAGGCCUUUUGGACGGAGGCCAAAGGCAAAACGUCCACUCAGAAACCGUUUCAACUUGUUCACUCUUGUCAUAAAGACGACGAGAAAGAAAACAGCCUCUUACGCGACGACGAGGACAGCCUGGCCCGGAUGUUCACCCAGGACUCUGACGGCUUUCGGGUGAUCGCGCACCGAUUUCGGAGGAGUCCCCUCAAAAAUCGCAACGACGUCAUCACUUCCGCCACGAUGAAACCCGCAAAGACUUUAUUUGACGUUGAGGACGCACUCUUCACGCAAGACUCUCAGGGAAAUGUGGUGAUUAAACAUUGACACAAGGGGAAAAGCACACAGUUUUUAUUUGUAAAAAGACAUUGUUUGGGUUACGUGUACAUUAAAGGUUCUCAUUGACUACA